AAAAAGGUGAAGACUCUUCUGAAUGCUCAUCUGAAGAUAAAAGCAACAGUGAUAAAAAAAAUCAAAAAUUCAUAUUAUUGAAUCCUAAGAAAAGACGUGAUAGAGGUCAGCCUCCUGGCAUUAAACAACUUAAAUCAGCAUGUGAAAAAGUUACCAAAAAACAGAAAAGACAUUGUAAGAAAUGUGACAAUGUUGGUCAUUAUUAG